AUGAAGCUGUCCGCUGUCACCCUUCUCACUCUCGCCACCGGCAUCAUUGCCGCUCCUGUCGCUGAUGUCAGCAAGGAGGUCCGAUCUUACGCUAGCUACGAGCCUCCCAAGGACACCUACGAGCAGCCUAAGACUCCCAAGCAGGAGAAGCCCAAGAAGCCUGAGUACAACCAGCCCAAGGCCCCCAAGCCUCAUCACGAGAAGCCCAAGGCUCCUAAGCCCCACCACGACAAGCCCAAGCACUACGCUCCUCCUCACCACGAGAAGCCUAAGGCUCCUAAGCCCCAUCACGAGAAGCCCAAGACUCCCUCUUAUGAGAAGCCCAAGGCCCCCAAGCCUCACCACGAGAAGCCCAAGAAGCCCGAGACUCCCAAGAAGCCUGAGUACAACCAGCCUAAGGCUCCUAAGCCCCACCAUGAGAAGCCUAAGAAGCCUGAGACUCCCAAGAAGCCUGCUUACGAGCAGCCCAAGGCCCCCAAGCCUCACCAUGAGAAGCCCAAGAAGCCCGAGACUCCCAAGAAGCCUGAGUACAACCAGCCCAAGGCCCCCAAGCCUCACCAUGAGAAGCCCAAGAAGCCCGAGACUCCCAAGAAGCCUGAGUACAACCAGCCCAAGGCCCCCAAGCCUCACCAUGAGAAGCCCAAGAAGCCCGAGACUCCCAAGGGCCCCUCUUACGAGCAGCCCAAGGCUCCUAAGCCUCACCACGAGAAGCCCAAGAAGCCCGAGACUCCCAAGAAGCCUGAGUACAACCAGCCCAAGGCCCCCAAGCCCCACCACGAGACCCCCAAGGCUCCUAAGCCUCACCACGAGACUCCCAAGAAGCCUUCUUACGAGCAGCCCAAGCCCAAGCAGGAGCAGCCCAAGAAGCCUUCCUACGAGGCCCCCAAGCAGCCCGCUUACGAGGCUCCCCACUACUAG